GAACACUAAAUGAAUCAAAGAAAGAAUUGAAGGAAAGAGAAGGAAACAUAUGCAGAGCUCCUUAACCCCACAUCUCUAUAAAAAUUCUUUGAGGACUCAGACUCAAAGUUUCUUCAGCCUCAUCUGAGAAAGCAUACAGGACACUCAAAGCUUUAAGCAAAGGGGUUUUAUGGGUGCAUAAACAAGGAAAUUUGACAAAGUUAUUAAAGAAAGAGAAGUUGAGGGGAAAAAAAAAAGAGCAAGGUGAAUUUUCUUUUGUUUUUAUGAUUCUCUUUUGAAGCACGAAUUGAAGUGUGUUUUUUGCAGAGGCCAAGCUCAUCACUGCAAAGCUAAUGAUGGCAGGAAACCCUAGCUGGUGGAGCAUGCAUCCACCUUCACAGCAAACUUCUGCUUUAUUAUCUUCUUCUACAUCUAUCUUCCCCUCCCAAUAUGUAUUUGGAUCUUCCUCACUCUCUUCGAAUCCUUUGCCUGAUAAUCAAGAGCUUCCACUGUCAUGGAGCCAACAACUUUUGGGUGGUUCUUCAGGAGAUGAAGAUAGGUACGGUAUGAGUCAAUUUCAGGCUAAAAAGUUGGAAAAUUGGGAAGACCAAAUCUUAAAUCCAUCUCCAAGUAUUUCUGUAGUUGCUGAUGUAAAGCAAGAGGUUUCCCACAACAGCAACUUAUAUGGUCAUGGGGAUGAAGACUUUCAGGCACUUAGGUCCGCAGCUUGGCCACAAGUGAUGCCAGUCUCUUCCCCUAGGUCUUGCGUCACAAGUAUAAGUAGUACUAAUAUAUUAGACUUCUCUUACAACAAGGCUGAUGGGGCGAAUCAGCAUCCGGAUCAAUCUUCCGAGUGUAAUAGCACCGCCACAGGUGGAGUAUGUAAGAAGGCUAGGGUUCAGCCCUCUUCAAGCCAACCUCUCAAGGUGAGGAAGGAGAAGUUAGGUGAUAGAAUCACAGUUCUUCACCAAAUGGUUUCUCCUUUUGGAAAGACUGACACGGCUUCUGUCCUGUUAGAAGCUAUUGGGUAUAUCAGAUUCCUUCAGGGUCAAAUUGAGGCUCUUAGCUCCCCUUACUUGGGCACUGCCUCAACAAAUAUGAAGAACCAUCAACAAUCUGGUCAAGAAGAAAGAGUUAGUGCAUUUUCUGAAGACAUAGGCCAGGAUAAUCAAGAUAACCCAAAGGAUUUGAGGAGUAGAGGACUGUGCUUGGUUCCUCUGUCUUGCACUCAGCAUGUUGGAAGCGAUCACAACGGCGCCGAUUAUUGGGCUCCGGCUAUGGGAGGAGGGUUUUGAUGGGUGCAAUAUUCCAAGGCUGAUUCAAACUUUCAAAGAAUGAUAUAACAUCAUGAGCAAUCACUCUGCUGCAACAUUCCAAGGGUAAUUGCUCAUGAUGGUAUGCAAUUCUAAUUAAAAUAACGGCCAUUAAUUGUUUCUGAACCCUCUAGCUAGCUAGUCUCACCCUUUCUGUCUGUUGAUGUUUUCUUCGAGCUACGUUGUAGAGCUCCAUGAAAAUUGAAGUUUAAUUAGCAUUUUUCUUUCAUCUCAAAAUGCUUUAUCCAGGAUUGGCAUUCUAUCUUCUUAUAUUAUUGAAGAAUAGAAUGGUUUCUGCCUCUAUUUAAUGUAACUUGUUUUCCUUGAUCGUUUA